AAAUGUUUUGGGUGCCACCACACAAAACUAAAUAUUUCUAACAAUGAAAAAUUUGGUGGGCAGGUUGGCAGCAAUUUGCUAAUUCAAAAAUUGAUGUUUUGAGGUUAAAUAAUUUUAUUGGUGGUAAAAAAGGCCAUAAUGAUUCACGAGAUACUGAUUAACUUGUUGCACAAUUCGGACGAUUCGUUGGGCAAACUUGACGAACUCCAGGAGUUCCUGCACCCGGGGGAGAAGCAACUCCUCCACCACAUCAUGGAAAUAUCCUCAAACCACAACUGGAUCGUCUCAUUUUGCAAAAAAAUCCAGAACUGUAGUGUUGACCAACACGGUCUCUACAUCAAGGCUUUUGUGAACGGUGUGCUUGAUGUUUUGGGGGAUUACAAGAGCGAAAUUGUCAGACUGGAAGAUCAGUUCUUGCAAAACCCCGAGCUCCAGUUAAUUUUCAUUUCAAGUUGCUUGGAAAAGUACCAAGUAUUGUUCAAUGUGAUUAUGUCGAUUAUUCAAGUCGUGGAGAAGGACAGGCUCCAUGGGUGCCUCCUUAUGGGGCGGCUCCACAAAUACAUCUACUGUGGCGUGGAACCUAUAACCCAAGCUGCGAAAAAGAUAACUCACUGCUUCAACAGCAUUUUUUACCGCCACUUGUGCAACUGGAUCAUUUACGGCGACUUGGUCGACCUUUAUAAAGAGUUUUUCAUCAGCGAUGGCGAAUGCUGGGACGAGGAUUUCCUCUACCCUGAGCAAAACGAAGAAAGCACACUGACACGAGUUAAACACCGAAUCAAGCGCCCACCACCUGUCCGCAAAUUCACAAUAGUCUGGUCUAUGGUUCCGAUGUUUAUCACUGAAGAUACGGCCGAAAGCAUACUUUUCAUGGGCCGAAUCGUAUGGAUCGUCAAAAACCACCAGAAAACCAACACAGAUAAUUACCAAAACCUACACAAGCCUGACGUUUGGGACGGCAAAGAUAUAGAGUAUUACAAGAAAAUUCAAGCGCUCGAGACGCAAAUUUUCGACCAGAUGGAGUUCCAGAGAGUUAUAGAGGAGUGCAGAAUCAAGUUAACCAAAUACUUGUGGUCCGUUAUGGUGGACGAGGGCGACCUAAAGGAACACUUGCAACUUAUACGAGAUUACUAUGCGCUGGGGCGAGGCGAACUUUUCCACCAAUUCAUCGAAGCGGCGGAAAAUCAAACCACUUCGUACAACCUCAACGUGAUUUUCCUGGAAACUGCGCGGAAAAUCUACGGAGAGAACGACAAGACGUACCUCAGAUUCGAAUUAGCUAAACUGGAAAAGACAAGCGUGAACCCGUGGUCGAAAUUACAACUCAAUUUCGAAAUUAGUUGGCCCCUUCAUAUCAUCUUCAACCCAAAAUCGAUGGAACUGUACAAUCAAUUAUUCUGCUACUUGUUAAGGCUGAGCAGAACUCAGAUCCACUUACACAAGUUGUGGCAAGCGCACAUGUCCGGGAAACAAAACAUUGACCGGCGAGUGUGGACUUUACGCCAGCAUUUAAUUUUCCUAGUCAAUAAUCUACAAUAUUACCUCCAAGUGGACGUGAUCGAGGCGCAAUUUUCGCUACUUUUGAAAGCGAUCGAAAACGCCAACGAAUUCGAGGAGAUCAUCAAAGUCCAUCACGAGUUCAUCAGCAAUUUACUCGCGAAAACUUUCAUCCUGACCCCUGAUAAAAGCCACACUUAUCAAAACAAACACCGGUUACACCAAACUCCCGCCGUUCAGUUUAACGUCCCGAGUGAAGUUUACAACGUGAUAAUCCAGCUGCUGGAGCUGUGUGACAAUUUCUGCGUCAUUGCGUCGACAUGGCAACCGCAGUUAACCGAACCGGAAGUAACCGAGUUUGAACAGUUCCAGAAACGCACCGAUACCAUCGUCGAUUCGCUUUUGUUUAUUCUGUACAAGUUACAUGAACGAGCCGAUGGCCAACACUUGGUCCAGUUGUUGCACCAGCUCGACUUUAAUCGCUUUUUCACUCGAAACAAACCCGAGUUUAACCUAACGCAAAGAACGUAAUUUAUUUUUUCUUCAUCACUUUCAUAAAUAACACCAUAUCUGGAAUAAAUUAAUUAGGAGGCAAAGUUAUUUCA